UUGGUUUUAAAAUGCCUCCAAAGAAAAAAGGUGGGAAGAAAGGGAAGAAAGGAAAGGGUGGCAAAGAUGACGAUGGCGAUGAACCGAAACAAAAGCCAGCAACCCCAGAACCUACUGAGAAAGAACUUAUUCUUCAACAAGAGUUGGUCAAGGUGACAUCAGAUUUGGAAAAUGCACGAAAAAAAGUAGAAGAUCUACGAAAGGAGAAUGAUUGGUUACAGCAAGAAGCUAACAGAGUCCGCAAUGAGAGUCAUGAAUACAUGAGUUACAUGGAGAAGAAGACCAGUAAGAGGCAGACGACCAUCAUCACACUAAGUGAUCAUAACAAACACCAAAUCCGCAAUAUCCUUCUAGAAAAAGAAAUCAUGGAAAAGGAAUUUGAUGAGAAAAAACAAGCUCUCCAACUCUUGCUGCUGGAAAAAGAGAAUUCUUUAAAAAAGACAAAGGAUGAAUUAGCAGACCUUACACCACUUAAGACCUUACAAACAGAACAACUUAACAAGAUCAAGGAGCUGGAGAAAGAGGUGAUGCAGAUGAGGACAAAACACUCAGAAACCAUACAGUCACUCAAGUCCACUUUCCUUAGAGACAAAAAGGAAUUCCAAAAUGAUUCUGAAAAUAGAAUUGCCACUCUUCAGAAAAAGGCCAACAAGGAGGCCAUACAGUGUCUCACAGACCAUACAAAUGCAAUCAAACUGGAAAACCGCAAUCUACGGAGGGAGUUACUAGAAUUAAUCAAGACAACUCGAGCCUAUCAGGAGCACAAACGUGAGCUGGAGGAGCAAAGGAAACAAUUACUGCGUGAACAACAGUAUUCUGAGGACUUAAAAAAGCUGAGAAAUACACGCCAACAUAAGGUUCUCAAAUCAUUUGGACUUGUAACAGAGGGCGAACCUGUGAAGGAACACCAAAAACCUGAUCUGCAGACAUCAGUAGGAACUGGGUGACCGCAGUGGUCAGCUUAUCUUAAAGUGCAUUAUUCCGGACAGGCUCCAUCCAACACCUUGAUCAAUUUAACAGUGGAUCCUUGUUAGUCUGGUUGCCUAGAAAAGGAUAAUUCUGCAUAUCAUCUUUCCAGGCAGUGAUAUUUCUGCACAUGAGUACAGGCAGUUAAAUUUCAGCACUCUAAAAAUGAGAUUUCUGCACAGGUCUGGAUAGUGUAAUUUCCAUAUAUGUUUAUGUGUCGAGAUUUCUUUUCAAAUGAUUAGAGCUGAGGAUUUUUGCAUCACUGUACGUAUGCCUGAAAGUGAGAUUUCUGCACGUAUGUCAGAAGGCAGUGAAAUUAUUGGCCUUUUCAGGCCUAGAUUAAUGACGUUCCACUGGACACAAAAGAUAUUUCACAAUUUGUCAUUGAUGAUCAUUCAUGUGUAUUACAUUGAAAUUGGUGUCAUAAAAAUGUUGUGUUGGAUAUACCAAUAUCCUUGGCAGUGGAAGCUCCUAAUAUUUCCAAACGGAAACUGAUUUCAAUAAUUCUAAGUAAUUUGGUUUUAAUUACUAUUUGCAAUAAUUGCAAUAAAUAUGACAGUGAGAGAUAAUUAUAGCACAUCAUCUGGUUUUGUUCAAGGAUAUAAUCAAACGUCGGGUGAAUUACAUCAAAUGAUUGUCUGUAUAAAAAGACUGGACAUAACUGGAUGUGCAUAAUACAAUGUUAUGUGCAUGAUGAUUAACAGUUAUAAUGAAGCAGCUUACUUUUAUCCACAAGAAAUGGUAGGUAUACUUAUAAAAAUUAAAAUUUAGAAGGACAUAUUUUGUUAAGAGUUGAAAAAACAUGA